AUGAACGGAAAUUUCACACCGGAGUAUAUCAACGAACGUAUUGCAAAUAACAUGUGUCACUUUGGGCACUUAAUGAAUAAAGACGCACAGGUAGUACCAUCGCCAAUAUAUAUAACCGAUGUUUAUGAUGGCCACGAUGAUGCAGGUCCUCUCUUCUUGAUAGGACACUUGAAUGGUGAACCAAUCUACCGAACCACGCACACGGUGGCCCAUUAUCUGGAAAAGAAAAAACGCUGUUGCAUAAAAUGGCCACCAUUGUUUCCUAAUGUCUGGCUACCAGAAUGUAGUUUAAUGCAACGCGAUGUCGUCAUUCCAGGAAUAAUCCCGGCAUUUGUUGAGGAAAUGAUUAACGACGACGAUGAUGAUGAUCACAAUGACGAUCGUAAUGAUUAUAGCGACACAGUGUACGAGUUUAUAGCCAACGAAGAGGACGAUACACAUAGCAUCAAUGAUGAAUAUGAUAUCGUCGACAUUAUCGACGAAGAAAAAGAAUUAGAAGGCACGUAUACGGUGGUCGAAAAAAUCAACAUCAAAUAA